UGGACGCGGAGUGCCGAGGCGGCGGCGGCGGCGGCGAGGAGUGAGGGGCGGUUGCUGUGCGCCUGUUUGUCGAGUGUCAGGCUGCCGCCGCCUCUACUGGCAUCUGAGAGCGGGUGCUGCGGUGGCCCAGGGCAACGAAGCAGCUAAAGAGUCUGCACUGCCCUAUGUGACCAAUUAACCUACUAACCCAUACACUUUUGGAAUGUGGGAAGAAACCUAGAGCACCGGGAGGAAACCUUUUCUCUGAAGCUGAAGAGGUUAAAAUCCGAGGUGUGCUUGAAAAAAAUAAGAUUUGGGUACUCCAUUGACAUACUUACAAGGGGAGAAAAAUGACCGAUGCCAGUGAGAUGUUAGCUGCUGCUUUGGAGCAAAUGGAUGGUAUCAUUGCAGGUUCAAAGACCUUGGAUUACACAAAUGGAAUCUUUGACUGCCAAUCGCCCAACUCCCCAUAUAUAGGUGGCCUGCGUGUUUUACACCUGGUGGAGGACCUUCGAGGACUACUGGAGCUGAUGGAGAAUGAGGAGAAAGAUGGACUGCGCUGUCAAAUACCAGACUCCACUGCAGAGCUUCUCGCCGAAUGGCUACAGAGUCAUCUGACAAAUGGCCACAUCUCUGUCUCUGGCGAUGCAUACCAAGAUAGGCUAGCACGCCUGGAAGGUGAUAAGGAAUCACUGGUUUUGCAAGUGAGUGUUCUAACAGACCAGGUGGAGGCUCAGGGAGAGAAGAUUCGAGACCUCGAGUGUUGUCUGGAUGAAAACCGGGAGAAGUUGAAUGCCACAGAGGAGAUGUUGCAACAGGAACUCCUAAGCAGAACAUCAUUGGAAACUCAGAAACUGGAUCUUCUGGCUGAGGUGUCAAACCUGAAAAUAAAGUUGAAUGCAAUGGAAAAGGACCGGUUGGAAUAUGAGGAAAGAUAUAAAGAUACUGAGGGGUUAAAUCAAGAGGUUAAUGAUCUGAGGAUGAAGGUGGUUGAUAUGGAAAAUGAAAGAGUUCAGUAUGAAAAAAAGCUCAAGUCAACCAAGGAUGAGAUGGUACAACUGACAGAACAAUUGGAGAAGAAGGAUGCUGAGAUCAAGGGGCUGUUGUCUGAGUUGAAUGCCAAAAUGGAAUUAGAUGAAAGUGAUAGUGGAGCUGAGGAAAGUUAUAAAAAGAAGCUGAAGGAGAAAAAUCUUGAGGUCCAUAAAAUGAAAAAGGCUGUUGAAUCUUUGAUGGCAGCAAAUGAGGAGAAGGAUCGGAAGAUUGAAGAGUUGCGACAAUCUCUGAACAGAUACAAGAAAGUGCAAGAUAUGGUGAUGUCUGUGACACAUAGUAAGAAAGCAAAAGAAGAUGAGGGUGACGAAUGUCUGAUUGGAGGUCCUGCAGGAGUUAACAGCAGUGAAAUAUUGGAGAUGGAGCUGGCUUCUCCUACAUCCUUCUCCCCUGAUAUAGUGACUACAACUGUGAUGCCUGAACUGGAACCAGUGCAAAUCCACACCAGUGUUCUGCAGGUGCCAAUACCAAUGGUAUCAUCUACUCCCAAGAGCUGUGCUGAGCAUGUUGAUAAGAAGGAACCUGAAGCAGAAACAAGACCUGACAUUUGUGAAAUACAGCCAAGUGACAUCUCUUCUUUAGUUGAAGAAACCGUCAUAUGUGAUAGUCCCAUAUUAUUAGAUGUGCACAAGUCUAGUAGUCUGGAGAACCUGAAAAUGGAGGAGGAGAACAAGAAGUCCUUGGAGCCUACACAACAGAGUCCGUUAGAGAACAAAGCAUGUAUGGAGAUCAGUAAAUUCACAUCUCUGCCACCAAAACCAAUCGGGCAACACAACUCACUGGGCGAUGAAAGUGCUGCCUCCAAAAAGGCAAGAGCUUCCUUUGGUCGUGGUUUCUUCAAGAUCAAAGGCGGCAAGCGGACUGCUAGCACACCUAACCUCGACCGCAGUCGAAGUGCAAGUGCACCGAUGCUAGCGGAGACAGAGAGAGAGUUGGAGCAGGUGGAUGUUGCUGGUCUCCCACUGCGUUCAGUAGAGGCUGAUGGCAGUCAGCUCUUUCCAACCUCACCAGAUCUCAAAAAGAAAUCCAAAGGAAUCAAAAAGUUAUUUGGAAAGCUUAAACGAAGUCAGUCAACCACAUUCAACCCUGAAGACAUGGGUGAAGGAGAAUUCAAAAGAGGUGGAACCAGAAGUACCUCCGGUCCGAAGCUUGGCUGGUCCCGGGAUCUACAGCACACUAAAACUGAUCUGGAUGCUCCAUUUGCAAAGUGGAGCAAAGAUCAGGUGUGCAACUGGCUGGAUGACCAAGGACUAGGAAUGUACGUAGGAGCUUCUGGAUCCUGGAUCACCUCAGGCCAGACCUUACUGCACGCAUCUCAGCAAGACCUGGAGAAGGAACUUGGCAUCAAGCACCCUCUGCAUAGAAAGAAGCUGCAGCUAGCUCUGCAGGCAUUUGGCUCUGAAGAAGAAGAUAACAAGGGGAAACUGGAUUACAAUUGGGUCACAAGGUGGCUGGACGAUAUUGGAUUACCCCAGUACAAAACCCAGUUUGAUGAGGGAAGAGUAGAUGGUCGAAUGCUUCACUACAUGACUGUGGACGAUCUGCUUUCAAUGAAAGUCGGGAGUGUUCUCCAUCACCUCAGCAUCAAGCGAGCCAUCCAAGUUCUCCGAAUAAAUAACUUUGAAGCUAAUUGUCUGCGGAGGCGGCCAUCUGAUGAGAAUAACAUCAGCCCAGCAGAGGUAUCACGGUGGACCAACCACCGGGUGAUGGAGUGGCUUCGCUCGGCCGAUCUGGCAGAAUACGCUCCCAACUUAAGAGGCAGUGGAGUGCAUGGAGGAUUGAUGGUACUGGAACCUCGCUUUAAUGUGGAAACGCUGGCCAUGCUGCUGAACAUCCCUCCCAAUAAAACGCUGCUCAGGCGACACUUGGCCACGCACUUCAAUCUGCUGGUUGGUCCUGAUGCUCAACGCCAGAAGCGAGAGGCAGUGGAAUCCCCAGACUAUGCUCUUCUUACAGCCACUGCCAAGGUUAAGCCCAAGAAGCUAGUGUUCAGCAACUUUGGGAGCCUGAGGAAGCGGAAGCAGGAUGAGGAAGAGUACAUCUGUCCGAUGGAAUUGGGGCUCCCACCAGGAAGUGGCUUCAAAAAAGGAAGCAAGCAGGUUCGAGGGAUGGAGCUGAGACUAUACAAUGAGGAGGACCUGGACAAGCUUGAGCAGAUGGAUGACUCUGAGGGAACAGUGAGGCAAAUCGGAGCAUUCUCGGAAGGCAUCAAUAAUCUCACACACAUGCUGAAGGAGGACGAGUUGUUUAAAGAUUUGAGCACCAGCUCACCAUACACUAACAUGACAGAUGAGGAUUCAAAUGUCUGACCCAGACCUUCAACACGCAACUCCAGUGUAACACUACAAAACAAACUGCCUGCACUACUAAAUACCUUCUGAAAUGUGUUCCCUUGUAGUAACUGCACAAGGCACCACCAAAUAUUUAUUACUUGGGAAAAUCUGUGAUAUUGGACUGCAGUUCUUUUACAUGUUUCAAAUGGUUUGCAUUAGUAGACCAUAAAAUGCCAGUAAUUUGAAUUGUGGAUUUAAGUUUUAAGAAACAGUUCUCAUUUGAUUUUUUUUUUAUGGAGACUUUGCGAAGUUUACUGGCAGUGCCCUGAAUGCUGCAGCCUAGCCUGCCUGCUGCUGCCAACAGAUAGUUUAGUGACUGUCUCUCAUUGGCUACGUCAAUGAUGCAAUAACUCUAAGAAUGCCUUAAAUAACCAAAAAUAUUGCCAUUUUAACUAUCCAGUUAUUUUACACCAAUGUCUCUUCUUGCCACAGUGUGAAUUUUGUACCUUUUUUAUAAUUUUCUAAAGUGGCAGAUAAAAGGAAUAUUUUAUAAUGUGCAACUUUUGAAUGGGGCUACUCAGUAGUGCAAUGAUAUUUUGUAGGGAUUGAAUUCCAGCUGGUUCCUGGCCUAAUCCAUGUAGAAUUUACCUAGUGCUUUUCAAACUGGUGUGGGGGUUGUCUGAUUCCUGUUUAUUGACCCAGGUUACAGUAGUGACUUGGGUUAGACAAAGCAGAUGCUGUUAGCUGGGAUGAUAUCAUCUUUGUUUAUGGUACAGAUUGCAUUGUAGGAAUUACUUCCAUUUCAUACUUGGAAGGGUAACUGGUGAACUGUGCAGCUGGUGCACAGACAUUGGCUAAUGCUUUGCUACUUAAUGAGUUCGGAUCAGCUGAAUUUGAAAAUUACAACUUUGAGUACUGGUAUAGAACUGAACAUUAACACUCCCAGUCAAUAGAAUGGAUUCUGGUUCGAGCUAAUUCCCAGAUAUCAGUACUUAAUGGUUCUGAAAUCAGUAAUGCAAUUGUCCAAAGACCUCAAGAAAACAGUGGAUAUUUAGUAUUCUACCUGACCCAGCAGCCUGUACUGUAUUACUAAUGCAUCAAUUGUAACACUAAUCUAUUUUAAAAAUAACUUUUAUCCAAGACUGUUCUUAUGAUUCUACAAUUUAAAUAUGCUCCUUAUUUACUCACUUGUCAAAAGAGAAACUAAUCUUGAAAAGCUGUUUCUUCUACUAGAGCCACUCAGAUAUCCGGUCUCUAGAAAUGUAUUUUUCUAUGUGCACAGCUUGCUAAUUGAACCAAAACUCUGCAUUGGGCUCAGCAUGAACCCUGAUGCUCCGGAUACCCACUGUGUGGUGGUAUAGGACAGCUUAAAAAAUGCCAACAGAUCUCUGAUCCAGAACCCACAGCUCACUCCAAACAGGUUAAUGUGCUUUUUAUCAGUUUAUUUAUUUUGCAUUGUUAAUGAUGCCAUUAUUCUGCCAUUUAUUGUGUUGAGGGUUUCUGUGCAAUGUUUGUAACAUAUUUGUAUUUUAUAGUACAUUUAACAUUUUAGUAAUUUUCCCACAGGAUGUUUAGGUUUCAUUCAUCAAAUUUUUAAAGACAUUUAAACCAGAACUGUGCACUGUUGCAUGGAUAUUGAUAAAACAAUCCAGGGAAGGUGCACUGUUUAAACAUAGUAUGUGUAGCCUAUUCCUCCUCUGGUAGCAGGUCCUAACCUAAACCUGAAAGGCAGAAUCAUGUAUAAUCCACUACAGCAAUAUUAUACACACAUGACCCUCGUGUGAAUAUUUCAAUGUCAAAAUAAAGUACUGCUUAAUAAAUUGAAAUGUGUUGGGUUUAAUGUUGAAUGAAUUACUAGGCACUGCUUUUCUGUUAAGUGGAGUUAGACAACCCUAGAACAAAGAUUGAUUCAAAUUAAGAGUUUCCCCUCUCUAGGUGGACCUUUGUGCGAAAGUAAUGAUUUCCAUCAAAAGAUCUAGUUAGUGGACAUUUGGGGAGUCCAGAACCAGAGGCCACAGCCUCAGAGGAUGAUGUAUCUGCAGAAUUCAUUAACACAGAAGGCUGUGGAAGCCAUAUCAUUGGAUAUAUUUAAAGUAGAGGUUGAUGGGUUCUUGAUUAGUUGGGUUGAGAGGGAUAGUAAAUCAGCUAUGGUGGAAUAGUGCAGCAGAAUUGAUACUUGGCAGUUACAGGCUGACCUUUCCCCAUCAUAUUUUGUAGUACAGUGAAUGUAAUGUACACCCAGGCAUAGAUGGGUGCUCUGCCGUUCCUACUGCAGUCAACAGAAGUGCUUGUUGAAAUAAUUCAAGAGAAAUACCAUUCAAUCUUUAUUUAGCUAUAUUAUUACAAGGGGUGUGUACAGUGGUGGAUAGUGCAUAAGAUUACAAUUCUGUAGUGUAUAUUCUGCUAAUAGGAAGUUGACAAAGUCCUGCAAACAUCUGCAGUAGAGUGCAUCAUGGCCUGCCUCCUGCAGGUUAGCUGGGGAAAAUUAACAACAAUGCUGGAGGAACUCAGCAGUUCAGGCAGCAUUUGUGGAAAGGAAUAAAGAGUCAACAUUUCAGGCUGAGACCCUUACAUUACACUACAUAAUAAAAACUAUAAUAAGUAUACUGUUUGUGAAAAUAAGUAGUGCAAAGAGGAAAAAUACUGAUUUUAGUGUUCAUGGGUUCAUUGUCCAUUCAGUAAUCUGAUGGGAGAGGGGAAGAAGCUGUUCCUGAAACAGUGUGUGUGUGUCUUCAGGCUUCUGUACAACCAUCUCAAAGGUAACAAUAAGAGGGCACUUCCUGGGUGAUGGAAGUCCUUAAUGAUGGAUGCUGCCAUUUUGAGGCAGUGCCUUUUGAAGGUGAUGCCUCUACAGCUAGUCUCAGUGGUGCCAAAAUGCCAUUCCCUUGGUCAGGAAAUUAACUCAAAAUCUUUGAGGGUUCCUCUUGAGCUAUGCAACUUGCAACCAGGGCUGACUCAGUAGCAAGACUAGUGAAUCCAUCCAUAAA